AACAUUUCUUUUUAAACUCACGUGGAGCGCUCGUUACUCCCAACGGCUUUAUAAUAAGCGUUUAACAAUGAUUUGUACAAUAAACCUGUACAUCAUUCCAUAGAGCCCAUUACCAUGCAUUUUAUAAGUUGUUGUUUGAGGAGAAGUACUGUCUCAAUUGCUGUCUCAAGGUCUCUUUUAGUGAAAAGGCUGUUUUGUUCUGGCUGGCCUGGGGAUGACACUAUCUACUCCUUGUCGUCGGGUCAGGGCAAGUGUGGGGUGGCGGUGGUCCGGGUCAGCGGUCCGGCUUCAGCGCUCGCUGUUCGCCGUCUGACCCGAAGCCUCCCUGCGCCUCGAACUGCCAGCCUCCGCAGCAUCAGCCACCCGCAGAGCAAAGAGCUGCUGGACCGCGGCCUGGUCCUAUGGUUUCCAGGUCCCGCUAGUUUCACUGGAGAGGACAGUGCAGAAUUCCACAUUCACGGUGGUCCUGCUGUCAUCAGCGGGGUCUUGCAGGCACUUGGGAGUUUGCCUGGCUUGCGGCCAGCAGAGGCAGGUGAGUUCACCCGACGGGCGUUUUACGCUGGAAAGUUGGAUCUUACUGAAGUUGAAGGUCUUAGUGAUCUGAUCCAUGCUGAGACAGAAGCACAGAGACGACAGGCGCUCCGGCAGAUGGCAGGAGACCUGGGCCGCAUCUACCAGGACUGGACAGAUCAGCUUAAACGAUGCUUGGCUCACGUGGAGGCAUUCAUCGACUUCAGUGAGGAUGAACUCAUAGAGGAUGGAGUCUUGAAUGACGUGGACAGAGCCGUUCAGCAGCUGCAGACGGACAUGGAAAACCACCUCUCGGAUGAGCGCAGAGGAGAGCGUCUGCGCAGCGGGGUUCAUGUGGUCAUCGCUGGAAGCACCAACGCUGGCAAAAGCAGCCUACUCAACCUGCUCACCCAACGUCCUGCAGCCAUAGUGUCUCCUACAGCCGGGACCACCAGAGAUGUACUGGAGGUCCCUCUGGACAUCGGGGGCUAUCCUGUGCUGCUGAGUGAUACAGCAGGACUACGGGACACCAGUGACAGUGUGGAACAGGAGGGCGUCCGGCGCGCCCGGCAGCGGGUGGAGCAGGCGGAUCUGUCUCUGGUGGUUGUGGACUUGACGCAGCUUCCUUCUGAGCGCCGGCAUGUGCCCGUUUUCCUCAGAGGACACUUGAAGAAUAUCCUGGAGCGCUCCUCUCAGCAGCAGCAGCACAUCCUGAUCCUUAACAAAAGUGACCUGGUCUCUGCUGAACAGCAGCGCAGCAUCCAGACGUCCCUUCAGGAGCUCUCUGAUGCUCCUUCUGCAUGCUUUCUGUCCUGCCACAGCAGAGAUGGCCUGGAGGAGCUCCUGACUCUAUUGCAUAACACUCUGAAGACCCUGUGUGGUGACCCGCUGAUAGGCAGCCCGACUCUGACUCAGACUCGACACCGGACUCACCUGCAGAAGAGCAUUGAGGCUUUACAGCAGUAUCAUGAGUACAGGGAUGUGGACCUGGCGCUGGCGGCUGAAGGCCUUCGUUUGGGGCUCUUGAGCCUGGGCAGGAUCACUGGUAGAGUUAGUCCUGAGGAAAUAUUAGACGUCAUUUUCAGAGACUUCUGUAUUGGGAAGUAGAACAGUGUAAAUGGGUGUACAUUUUUUAAAUAAAAAUCAGACACAAA